AUGCCAGCUAAAAAGCCUUACCUGCUUAUCAGCUGGCCCCAACCUUCUUUCUAUAACCCACCUAAAAGGUCUUUCAUCAACCUCUGCUACAUACCACGCUUUAAUCAUCCAUCACGCACUGCCCCGUCACGAUGCCUGCUAUCUAAAGAAGCCUGCAGGCACCCAGGCCUAAUAAGCCUUAUCUAA